AUGGAAGCGCUGCAACGAAUGAUGACAAGGCGUUUGGAUGAGCAUUCCUACAAACGAACAGCAAAACGUUUGGUGGUGGUUGAUGAAUAUGCAAGUGAUGUUGAUUUUAAUGAUAAAACAGAAAUUGCUAGUAUGAAUCCGGCCUAUGAUAUAAUCUACGGUGAAACGGUUCGGACAAGGAGCAUUCCAAAUGGCUCUACCACAAGUGCAUCUUUUUCAGCAACAACAUGUCCAGCCACUACUUCACCGAGUUCGAUAUAUUAUGUUGAACCCACUUCUACUGUUACUGCUCCAGCUGUUAAUGACGAUUAUAACCGUACUGAUAAAUUAUUACGAAAGGUUUCAUUGGCUAUACGAAGAAAGGUAACAAGUCCGAAACUAUUUAUCAAUGAACAAUGCGAUCCUUGCAGGAUGAGUAAUCGUGAUAAAGAAAGUAAUCAUAACGAUUUGAAAACUAGUGAGAGGAUCGUUCAAAAUGAUCUGGAAAAACAAAUUAGAUUGAAAUCAGCCAAAAAAAUGAUUGAUUUGGUUGAUUUGUGUUCAAUCGGUCGCAAACAUCGUAGUGAGCAUCGAAAACUUCUCAAUGAAGAGUAUGGCGAUGAUUAUUGA